AUCUUAAAAAAAAAAAAAAGGAAAAAAGAAAUAUAAUGUAAGCCAGAUAAGUAAUUUUAAGUUCUCUAGGAGCCACUUUUAAGAAGUAAAAGGAGGGACGCCUGGGUGCUUCAGUCAUUUAAGCAACUGCCUUUGGCAGGUCAUGAUUGCAAGGUCCUGGGAUCAAGCCCCUGCUCAGCAGAGAGCCUGCUUCUCCCUCUUACUCUGCUGCUCCCCAUGCUUGUGCUCGCUCACACUCUCUCUGGUCCAACGGGCGCUCCUCCAAGCGGAGCCUUGGAGGGCAAGGCCGGCACCAUUACCUCCAACGAGUGGAGCCCUCCUAACUCCCCUGAGGGGAGCAACGUCUCUGGGGGCAGUCAGGCGUUGGACAAGCCCAUCGACAAUGACGCGGAGGGAGUGUGGAGCCCCGACAUCGAGCAGAGCUUCCAGGAGGCCCUGGCCAUCUACCCACCUUGUGGCCGGCGUAAGAUUAUCCUGUCAGAUGAGGGCAAGAUGUACGGUCGGAAUGAGCUGAUAGCCCGCUACAUCAAGCUCCGGACAGGGAAGACCCGCACCAGGAAGCAGGUCUCCAGCCACAUCCAGGUGCUGGCUCGUCGCAAAGCCCGCGAGAUCCAGGCCAAGCUAAAGGACCAGGCAGCUAAGGACAAGGCCCUGCAGAGCAUGGCUCCCAUGUCGCCCGCCCAGGCCAUCUCCGCCACAGCCUUCCACAGUAAAAUGGCCCUCGCCCGGGGCCCAGGCCACCCAGCAGUCUCAGGGGCCCCCAGCCCUGCCUUCCAGCUGAGGCCUACCUGGCCUCCCCGCACUGCGGCCCACGUGCCUGGUCCUCUGCUGACUCUGCGCUUUUUGCCUCCUCAGUUUUGGCAAGGAGCUUUGCCGGGCCAAGCCGGAACAUCCCACGAUGUGAAACCUUUCUCUCAGCAAACCUACACUGUCCAGCCUUCGCUGCCUCUGCCAGGGUUCGAAUCUCCUGCAGGACCCACCCCGUCGCCCUCAGCGCCCCCAGCACCCCCAUGGCAGGGCCGCAGUGUGGCCAGCUCCAAGCUCUGGAUGUUGGAGUUCUCUGCCUUCCUGGAGCAGCAGCAGGACCCUGAUACGUACAACAAGCACUUGUUCGUGCACAUCGGCCAGUCCAGCCCAAGCUACAGUGACCCCUACCUCGAAGCCGUGGACAUCCGCCAGAUCUAUGACAAAUUCCCGGAGAAAAAGGGGGGACUCAAGGAGCUCUUUGAACGGGGGCCUUCCAAUGCCUUUUUUCUUGUGAAAUUCUGGGCAGACCUCAACACCAACAUCGAGGAUGAAGGCAGCUCCUUCUACGGGGUCUCCAGCCAGUACGAGAGUCCGGAGAACAUGAUAAUCACUUGUUCCACCAAGGUCUGCUCUUUUGGCAAGCAGGUGGUAGAGAAAGUGGAGACAGAGUACGCCCGCUAUGAGAACGGCCACUACUCCUACCGCAUUCAUCGGUCCCCGCUCUGCGAGUACAUGAUCAACUUCAUCCACAAGCUGAAGCACCUGCCCGAGAAGUACAUGAUGAACAGCGUGCUGGAGAACUUCACCAUCCUGCAGGUGGUCACCAACAGAGACACGCAGGAGACACUGCUAUGCGUCGCCUAUGUCUUCGAGGUGUCAGCCAGCGAGCACGGGGCUCAGCACCACAUCUACCGGCUGGUGAAGGAAUAAGAGACUCAGGGAGCAGGGAGGGGGGAAGAGACGUCGUGUGUGCAGGGAUGUGGGGAGGGGAUCUGCAGAGGCCCGAAGUGCCAGGAGAGCGGAGAGGUCCCGACUCUUCCUGUCCAGGAACAAACUGUGCCUGAACCUGCAAUGCCCAACCCCAAAUAAACCCAAGAUGGUGUGUAUUUUCCCAGGA